AUGUCGCGAGUGCGGGUGCUAAAUCUUCCACGCGACUGCACGGAGGACCAGUUGCGGCGUCACCUGCUCGCCUCCCUUCCGCCCUCCGCGCCGCACUUAGAAAUUACCGACUGCGUGAUCAAGCGGUCGCAUGCCAGCGGCAAGGGCAGGAGUGUGAUUCGUAUGGCCUUUGUGGGGUUUCGCAGCGCUUCCAGCGGGCACUUCAUUGUGAGACACUUUGACAGCACGUACUUUGGAAGCGCGAAGCUGCGGGUGGAGGUGGCGAAGGGACUCGGUGACGUUGGACUGACGACGAACAAGCGGAAGAAAAUGGAGGCAGCGGGCACAAGCGACGACGACAAAAAUGCGAAGGGGGGUGGGAAGGCGUUGAAGCGCCCUCGCGACGAGGCGCAGCAGCCCACAGCGGCGGAGCAUGAGGAUGCGGGCGUCACGGCGACGGAGGAGGAUCAGCAGCGCAGGAAAAAAGAACGCAAGGAGGAGUUUAUCGCCGAGCGCAUGAAGGUCACAUCCUGCCCGACGUGGACCUCACAGGUGUUGGUGCCGGAGUCCGCCGCCGCCAACGACAACGACAACGACAACGACGACAACACACACACCGUGGAGGUUAGCGGCACCGACUACAAUGCCGGGGAAGACGAGGUCGAGGACGCAGAGGAGGCGGAGCGACAGGCACUGGAGCGGCAACAGGCGCUGGGCGAAGUAAGCGACUUGGAUUUUUUAGCUUCACUUGCGAAUAAAGCGGGGGCCACCUGUGGCAACAGGACCUCGUGUAGGCAAGAAGGGGCAGUGGAUGAAGCGGGUGGAAACGUGCAUGAAGAGAGCACUGAGGAAAAUGAGAAGAAGGGGGAGACGAGCGGAGAGCAACAGCGGCAGCUCUCUCGUGCAGAUGACUCCCAAAAAAAGGAUGAGGAGGAGGCCAUAGUGCACGAGAGUCGUCGCAUACGCCUUGGGAAUAUUCCGUACAUCGCUACUGAAGAUGACGUGAAGCAGUUUGCCUCCUCGCUUGUGGGUACUGUGGAGGCGGUCCACAUUCCUCUGACCAAAGACACGCGGCAGAGCAAAGGCGCGGUAUUUGUGAAGUUUGUGCGGGUGGAAGACGCUGUGCGGGCGCUUUCGUUGUGUCACGGUGCCGUAUUUAUGGGCAGACUGCUGCGCGUUAGCGCCGCUGCAGAUGAUCCGUACACGAAAAGGCUGGAGGGCCGCGCAGAUGCGGGGGCAAUGGCGGGCAACAGUGAAUUUAAGCGUCAGAAGGAGCAGGAGCGUCGCAGUGAGACCGGUUCGGCGAUGGUGUGGAACACAAUGUACAUGAAUAGCCACACUGCGGUGGAGUCGGUGGCAAAGCGGCUUGGCGUAGCCGCGGGGGACGUCGUCUCCGUUCAGGCCCGGGGAGCCGCUGUACGUGCCGCCAUCGCAGAGGCCUACCUGACAACGGAAAUCCAGCGGGUGUUGAGUGAUGAAGGGAUCGAUUUUGGCCUCUUGGAGAGCGCUCAGCAGAAUCUGCUGAAGACGCGCAGCUACACAACCAUCCUUGUGAAGAAUAUUCAGACAACCGACGCGGAUGACGCCGCCGAGCUAAGUAAAAUGUUUCUGCGCUACGGGUCACUGGAGGCUACGGCGUUCCCGUCCGCAGGCGGGUUUGCACUCUUCCGCUACACACACCAGCAAGAUGCCCGUGUGGCUUUUCAGCGACUGUCAUACAAAUUGUUUAAAAACGCCCCGCUCUUUCUGGAGUGGGCGCCAAUUGGCGCCAUCGUGAUUGGCGCCGACGACGAGGAGGAGAAGGUGAACUCCACCGGCACCAACGAAACUGCAGCGCGCGGCAAGGAGGUGGCAGAGGUCGAGGGGGAGGAGAUGGAGCUACCAGGCAAAAAUGCCGCCUUUGCCCCCGUCUUUACGCUCUUCAUCACAAAUAUUCCCUUUACGUCAAAGGAGGAGGAGUUUUACGUGUUUUUGCUGGACACUUGCCCACGGCUUGCGAAGCUGCCUGAAAAAUACAUUGAGCGGUUGGCCUUUGAGCAAGAUAAGGGACGCGCCUUCCUCACGCUGAAGGAUCAGAGCACGUUUAAGUACGUGCAGCAGCGGCUGAAUGGGAAGAGUUUUGCCCGGCGAACACUCGCGUGCGUGCCAAGCAAGCAGACCACUGCGAUGCUCACGAUGAAAACGGCGUCCUCCUCGGCAACGUUGGGUGUAGCGGCCACCGCCGGUCCAGUGGAGGAGGUGGAGGACUUCGCAAAGGCAUCUGCCGUAGUGGCGCGUAGGGCGGCGGCAGCGCGUGGCGCCAGUCAUGUGCCGCCCGGGUGUGACGCGCUCAAGUUGGUGGUCAAGAAUGUGCCUUUCGAGGCCACAGAGAAAGACAUCCGGGACCUUUUUUCUGCCUUCAGCGAGAUUCGCAGCGUGCGGCUGCCGCGUAAAAGUCACCAGUUUUCCUCCCAUCGUGAGAAUAAUCACCGUGGUUUUGCGUUUGUGGAGUUUCUCUCGGAGGAGGAGGCGAAGCGUGCCAUGGAGACACUCAAAGCCACGCACCUUUACGGUAGGCAUCUGGUGCUGCAGUACGCCAAACUUGACGGGCAGUAA